UUGUUUGCUUUUAGAUGUAGAUCCAUCUGCAUCUCUCAGAGGGCUGCUGGGGUUGUUUUGAUCUUCUGAUCUUAAUUUAUCUUCUAAUCUAAUCUGCAGCUGGAAUUGCUUAAGAUAUGUAAACAUAUCCAUAUUUCCCCUUUUGGCUUUUUAACACUUUGGUUUUCAGUUUAUUUACUUUUGCUGGUUUGUUAAUUUGGAGUUUCCCUCCUUUUUUAAUGUAUAGAUAAUUGUUUAGGUAAUAAUCUAUCAGGACUGACAGGGCUGAAGCUGAGCGCAUCAGGCUGAAGGUUGAGUUGGGCGCAGCUCUCGGUGCCACCGCCUCUCUGCGCGCUUCUCCUCUCGGUGGAGAAACUUCAGCUCCCACCCGAGCUGUGGACGGAGACAGAAUAACAUAUCCGAAGCGGAUUUUUUUUUUGUUUUGUUCUGGAGAAAAAAACAAACAAACAACCAGCAGAAAAAAUGGGCUGCACGAUCAGCGCUGAGGAUAAAGCUGCGGUGGAAAGGAGUAAAAUGAUUGAUAAAAACCUACGAGACGACAGAGAGAAAUCAUCCAGAGAGGUGAAACUGCUUCUACUCGGUGCCGGGGAAUCCGGGAAAAGCACUAUUGUCAAGCAGAUGAAAAUCAUCCAUGAAGAUGGCUACUCAGAGGAAGAGUGCAAGCAAUACAAAGUGGUGGUGUACAGCAACACGAUCCAGUCCAUAAUGGCCAUCAUCAGGGCAAUGGGGCUACUAAAGAUAGAUUUCGGAGAUCCUGUCCGAGCGGAUGAUGCACGGCAGCUGUUCACCCUGGCGAGCACAGCGGAGGAAGGAGUGAUGUCUCCGGAGCUGACCGGUGUGAUCCGCAAGCUUUGGAACGAUAGUGGCGUGCAAGCUUGCUUUGAUCGUUCUCGAGAGUAUCAGCUAAAUGACUCGGCGGCAUACUAUUUGAAUGCCUUGGAUAGGAUCUGCAAACCCAACUACAUCCCGACUCAGCAGGAUGUGUUGCGCACCCGCGUAAAGACCACUGGGAUCGUGGAAACUCACUUCACCUUCAAAGAUCUAUACUUCAAAAUGUUUGACGUCGGUGGUCAACGCUCAGAGAGAAAGAAGUGGAUCCACUGUUUUGAAGGAGUCACAGCCAUCAUUUUCUGUGUAGCGCUCAGUGACUACGACCUUGUCUUAGCUGAGGAUGAGGAAAUGAACCGCAUGCAUGAAAGCAUGAAGCUGUUCGACUCCAUCUGCAACAAUAAAUGGUUCAUUCUCACCUCCAUCAUCCUCUUCCUUAACAAGAAAGACUUGUUUGAAGACAAGAUCACCAGGAGCCCGCUUACUAUCUGCUACCCUGAGUACACUGGUCCAAACUCUUAUGAUGAUGCAUCGGCUUACAUCCAGUUACGGUUUGAAGACCUAAACAAACGAAAGGACACAAAGGAGAUUUACACCCACUUCACAUGUGCCACAGACACCAAGAAUGUGCAGUUUGUGUUUGAUGCUGUCACUGACGUCAUCAUCAAGAUCAACCUGAGAGAGAUUGGACUCUACUAACGUUCCUGCUACCAUCCAGGUGAUUUGAAGAAGUCUGGACAUCUGGGAUGUCUUAAAUAAUCGGCUAAUAUUUUUUAU